GUUUUUGCUGAACUCGGUUUUUCCGAGACCCUCUCUCCUCAUAGGCUCAGUUUCACCACCAUCUGCAGUCGGCCAGUUUCGGUGGCAGAAGAGGCCACAUUUGCUUCCUGUAGGCCCUCUGGGCAGAAGCAUGCAGUGGUGUCUCCUCCUGAUCUGGGCCCAGGGGCUGAGGCAGGCCCCCCUCCCCGCCUCAGGAGCUGUGACAGGCAGAAUAGUAACAGUGGGGAACAUUUCUGCAGAGGAGGGUGGCUCUGUUACCUUACAGUGUCAGCUCUCCUCCACUGCUGCCAAAGUGACUCAGGUCAACUGGGAGCAGCGGGACCAUCUUCUGGCCGUGCAUCAUUCUAGCUUCGGGUGGCACAUCUACCCAGCCUUCAAGGAGCGAGUGGCCCCGGGCCCCAACCUGAGCCUCACCCUCCAGUCACUGACCGUGAACGACACAGGGGAGUACUUCUGCAUCUAUUACACCUACCCUGACGGGAUUUACAAAGGGACACUCUUUCUGGAGGUCCUGCAAAGCUCAGUGGCUGAGCACAGCACUGGGAUCCAGAUCCCGUUGCUUGGAGCCAUGGCCGCAGUGGUGGCGGUCAUCUGCACAGCAGUCCUUGUGGUCUCACUGGCCAGAAAGAAGAAAUCUCUCAGAAUCCAUUCUGUGGAAAAUGGCAUCAGAACACCAUCAGAACAGGAGGAAUGGAGUCCCAGUGCUCCAUCAUUCCCUGAAAGCAGUGUCCAGGCAGAAGCGGUGCCUGCCAGCCUCUGCAGAGAGCAGAGGGGAGAGGACUAUGCCGAGCCGCACGACUACUUCAAUGUCCUGAGUUACAGGAGCAUCGGGAGCCUCCUCUUCCCAGCAGAGACCGGUUAGCUCCUAGAGGCGUC